CUGAAGCCCUUCUACCCCUAGCGGGCCCUGUGCCCCAGCUGGGCUGGUGGUUGGGUGGGGCCGGGACCUGGAGGCUCUCGCCCCUCCCCCCACAUCCUGCCUUUGCAGUUCUCAGUAAGAUGAGAAACCGAAAAGAGUGGCUGUUGAAGCGGUGGCCCCAGUUGGGGCCUGCACUGCAGAGGUGGUUCUCUGUCCCCUGCUGGAACAAAGCGGGAGGGGCAAGUGGCUUCUUCCCCAAAGGAGGUAGACUUGGGACAGCCAGCUUUCACUCCUGGUGGCUCCUUGAGGGUCCCUGGUGUGCACCUUCUGGAGCUAGUUAUUCCUGCCCGGAGUUGGGAUGCGGUGCCACUUCCCACACCCACCACUGCCCGCAGGGAGGGUUGUGUGAGGCUCCUGCGCGGAGGUUGGGCUGGGCCGUCGGGCGGCACCGCCUCUACGGUCCUGCAUGGCAGUUGGCGCUCGGUGCAGCUGGGGUGGGAGCUCUGAAGGGCACCAAGUGGGCAUGUGCCAGACCUCAGGAAGCUGAGCCUGGAGAAUUGGCCCCAUGCUUCCAAACCCACCUCCUCGGGGAACACGAAGCAGAGCCUGAGCUGGCUCGGCCAAGUCUCCCGAUUUCCCCCAGCCCAAGUUAUUGGACCCAUUUACUUCCAGUGCGAAGCCUGGGCUUUGAACUCAAGUGACUCGUUUUCAAUAACCUUCCAGCUCUGACCCUAAUUCUCUGCAAUCCUGAGCAACUUACUCCCCCUUUGAGCCCUCCGCUGCUUGUCUGUGUCACUCCUGAGGGACCUGCAGAGUCACCAUAUCAAUAGUGUCUUGGCUCAGAGCAGUGCACCAAGCACACGACCAGUUACUUGGUGUUCAGGAUGGAAAAAAUCAAACCAGAGUCCCACAUCCAGUGGGGAAUGAAGCUGUCAUCCCUCCCAGCUCCAGCUCAGAAGUUUGUGUUCCAUAAACAGCCUAUCACGUGCAAGGCACUUAAUAAAUAUAUCACUUAAUGCAACUAGGCAACCCUGUGAAGGUGCCCAAGAGCACCCGCAUUUUGGGUAUAGGGAAAGUAAGUCACAGGUUGGGUCGUUUGCCCAUGUACCACAACGAGGGGGUGGCAAAGCUGGAAUUUGAACUUGGGUGAGUAGGCUCUAGCCACUGCAGCUCAUUGCCCCAUGGAAGUAAGGGAAAUGGAAAAACAAGGCCUGAAGGGUUACGUGCCUGGGCAUGGCCUUGGGCCAGUCACUCCCUCCCUGUUCUGGGCUCCGGUUUCCUUUUUUGUCAACUGAGGAAGAAGACGUCUUGGAGUGGACAUGCGAACGCAAGGCAGCAAGGCCCAGGACCUUGUCGGCAGACACCCGCAGUGCUGGCUAAGUGGCUGGUGGGUGGUGUCCCUGCAGGCCGGUCUGGCCUGAGGGCCUGCAAUCCAGCAGCUGUGCCUCUGCGGCCACUGGGGGGCAGGCGAGGGCCUGGAAACCGCCUCAGCAGAUGGAGGCGAAUUCUAGGGCUGCACUAUCUGAGCCCAGGGCUUCUUCCUAGGUGGGGGGUCAUAAGGAGGAACUAAAGCACGGAGGGGCUGGUGACCUGCUAUACAGCAAGGGUCGCAACAGAACACCUGGGUCGCCGGAGGGAAGGGAACGGGGGAGGGCCCCCAGGCCAGAGAGGGGGAACUGUGUCCUUGCAGCCUCACGAGGGGCACAAGGGUGGCCGAGAGCCCAGAUUAGCAGAGAAGAAACUGAGGCCCAGACACCCAGUCGGCUGACAGAGCGGAGAUGCAAACACAGGAAUCACGAACUCUUGAGGCCCAUGCUCCUCUGUGUGGGUGACAGUUGCAUUUUGGUUUUUUAAUUAUGAAAUGCUUCAAGCGUGCAAAAUAGCAUACCUAUUAGUGUAAGAAAGACCCGUGGACCCGCUACCCAGCUUAAGAAGUAAAACAAGACCUAAAGCCGAUACAGGCAAAGCCCUCCUCCCGUCCCCCAGAGGGAACCCCUCUCGGGAAUUGGGUGUCACUCACCUGCAUGGGUUCACACCUCCACUACGGAGGCACGUCCCUAACGGCACCCGAUGUUUCGCCUUUUGAAAACAAGUCAACUGUUGCACGCUGCAUGUGUUGUGUCAUUUUCAUGUCAUUUCUGAGACGCAGCUGGGUUGACGAGUAGAGCUCCGUCUUUUCGCCUGCGGAGUACUUUACUGGCCUCCCACGUCACCCCAUGUGCAUCCCGUUCUCCCGCACAUGGACUUUUUGUUUCCGCUUUUGCUACCAAAAAUCGCCCUGCGGUGAAUUUUUUCCCUGUGUGUCUCCUUGUGUGCACAUGUGAUGGUCCCCUAACUGCUCACAAACCUCUCAACAAUCUCCUGUGACUCCUCAGACUCUGUUUCCUUCCACGUGACCUAAAAUGCUUCCCAACGGCAGGUGGGCACACACAAGUGACUGAAUCUCUGCUCCACCACUCCCAAGCUGUGUUACACCCGGCGAGUGAUGGCAUCUCUCUGGGCCUGUUUUUCUGUAAAAUGGCGGGUGGCCUACCUUGCCCACUUGUGGGGAGGCUGACUCACGUCAAGAGCCCAUCGUGGCUCUCACUCCUCGGGUGCUGGGAACAGCAUCUCAUGGCACAACACUGGGGAGAUAUUCUUAUGCUCAUCGCUCAGAUGAAAAAUGCCAAGGCUGGGGGCGCCCGGCUGGCCAAGUCAGUAGAGCGUGUGACCCUUGACCUCGGGGUUGUGAGUUUGAGCCCCACAUUGAGAGUAGAGAUUACAAUUUAAAAAAAAAAAAAAAAUUUUUUUUGGGCGCCUGGGUGGCUCAGUUGGUUAAGCGACUGCCUUCGGCUCAGGUCAUGAUCCUGGAGUCCCGGGAUCGAGUCCCGCAUCAGGCUCCCUGCUCGGCAGGGAGCCUGCUUCUGCCUCUGACCCUCCCCCCUCUCAUGUGCUCUCUCUCAUUCUCUCGGUCUCAAAUAAAUAAUAAAAUAAAAAUAAAUAAAUAAAUAAAAAAUAAAAAAAAAUUUUUUUAAUGCCAAGGCUCAGAAUAGGAAGCCCCCACCUAGUCAUAGAGCUGGUCGACCUGCCCCAUUUAUUCGUCCUGAGCAUUAAUAGGAGCCACGUUUUACUGAGCACCUACUUACUAUGGGCUGGGCCCUGUGUUCAGAACUUUGCAUGCACAACCCCUUUAAAUCCUGGAUUCUGACGCCAAGAAGGGAGGACAUGGAGGCUCAGAGAGGAGAUGAGCUUUGCCUAAGGCCGGUGAGGAGUGGAGAGCAGGCUCAGAACCACCACCCGGACAGACCAUCUGCGGGCACAGGCACUUCGAACUCUGGCUCCCUCGGGCUUCCGUCCCAGGGCUGGCCGGUGCCGAGCCAGGCCUUGAACUGGUCUCUUUCCCCCACCAGCAGCCUCCCCCCAGGGGAAUUGUGGCCACAGGUGCAGGGAGCAGUUUCUCUCCACUGCGGGCCUGAAGCACACAGGCAGGGGCUGCCCCCGGGGCCCACAGCUGAAGGAGGACCCGGCAGUGGGGCCAUUGGAGCCCAUCUCCGGCAGGACUGGGCAGGAAGUAGGGCGGGGUUAGCCGAGGUGGAAUCUGGUACCCCAGGACUGCUGCGACCCAGACUAACCAACCCACUGGGAGAGAUGCCUGGGGGUCCCGGAGUCCUCCAAGCGCUGCGCGCCACCAUCUUUCUCCUCUUCCUAAUCUCUGCUGUUGGCCUGGGCCCCGGGUGCCAGGCCCUGUGGGUGGACGGGGGCCCGCCCUCGGUGACCGUGAACCUGGGCGAAACGGCCGAGCUGCAGUGUUUGCACAACGGCAGCAAGCCCGACAGCAUCCUCAACGUCACCUGGUGGCGCGUCAUCCAAGGCAAUGGCACCUGGCCCGACAUGUUCUGGAGCUAUGGCCAAAAGCCCCACGGUGAGCUGACCAUCCACAUGGUGAACAAGAGCCACAUAGGCAUGUUCAGGUGCCAGGUGGAGGAGAAAAGCCCCAGCCAUAAAGUCCUCAGCUUCCAGCAGUCCUGCGGCACCUACCUCCGCGUGCGCGAGCGGCUCCCCAGACCCUUCCUGGACAUGGGAGAGGCCACCAAGAACAACAUCAUCACAGCCGAGGGCAUCAUCCUGCUCUUCUGCGCCGUGGUGCCUGGGACCCUGCUGUUGUUCAGGAAACGAUGGCAGAACAUGAAGUUUGGGGUGGACACGCAGGAUGACUAUGAAGAUGAAAACCUUUAUGAGGGCCUGAACCUGGAUGACUGCUCCAUGUACGAGGACAUCUCCCGAGGCCUCCAGGGCACCUACCAGGACGUGGGCAGCCUCCACAUUGGAGACGGGGACGUCCAGCUGGAGAAGCCGUGACCCUGUGGGCUGCCCCCAGGCAGAUGUGCUGCGAGCUCUGGUGUCCCCCCACCCCUUCCUGUUCUCUUUUCAUAAU